CUCAGUCUCUUUCCGAACCUUGUCUGGACCGCCGGGAGAGGCGGUGAGGCAGGGGAAGCGAGCAGCAGCCGGAGCCCGGGCCUCGGAGUAGUAGAGACGCUUGGACCCUUCCCGUGUGCGUGUCCUCCUGGCGAUUCCGCAUAAAUGUCAAAAGUAUUCCCUGUGAAGCAUAAGGAUCCCUGAUUGUGGAAGAGCCUCACAGCACCAUUAAGUAUAAAGUGAGGCAGAGUAUGAAAGAACCAUCUGGUUGAGUUUACAACUGGAAGACCACCACAUCCAUCAGAAGACCCAGGAUGGAUCUGCACCAAAGUACCAUCAUCACUUUCCUUGAGAAAUGGUAUUCAGAUAAGUCACCAUCUGGCUGCAGGAAACAUUAUAAUGUCAGGAAAAAACUGAAGUUAAUUAGAAUCUUAGGCCUUUUCAUGGGCCUGGUAGCCAUCAGCACUGUCCCAUUUUCAAUCAGUGCCUUUUCCGAGACAGAGACACAGAGUACAGGAGAGGCCGGUGGUGCAAGUGGCCCUAGGAUAGCGCACGGUUACCUUCAGAGAACUCUCUUAGAUUUAAAUGACAAGAUUCGGGAUUAUACUCCACAGCCACCUCCUUCUCAGGAAGGCAAAUCUGAGAAUAGCACAGAUCAUGACCAAGGAAACUACCCAAGAGACAUCUUCUCCCUUGAGGAGCGAAGAAAAGGUGCCAUUGUUCUCCAUAUCAUUGGCAUGAUCUACAUGUUCAUAGCCUUAGCCAUUGUCUGCGAUGAAUUCUUUGUUCCUUCUCUGACUGUCAUCACUGAAAAACUGGGCAUCUCUGAUGAUGUUGCUGGAGCCACCUUUAUGGCUGCGGGGGGCUCAGCCCCAGAACUUUUUACUUCUCUCAUAGGGGUGUUUAUUGCCCAUAGCAAUGUGGGCAUAGGCACCAUUGUGGGCUCAGCAGUGUUCAAUAUCCUCUUUGUUAUUGGCAUGUGUGCUCUGUUUUCUAGAGAAAUCUUGAACCUGACAUGGUGGCCACUCUUUCGGGAUGUGUCCUUCUACAUCAUUGACUUGAUCAUGCUGAUCAUAUUUUUUCUGGAUAAUGUCAUCAUGUGGUGGGAAAGCUUGCUUCUCUUAACAGCUUACUUUGCCUAUGUGGUUUUCAUGAAAUUCAACGUCCAAGUAGAAAGAUGGGUGAAGCAAAUGAUAAAUCGCAAUAAAGUCGUCAAGGUGACAGCACCAGCGGCCCAAGCAAAGUCAUCUACAGCCAGGGACAAGGAUGAACCGACACUACCGACCAAGCCACGUCUCCAGAGAGGUGGAAGCUCUGCCUCUCUCCACAACAGCCUCAUGAGGAACAGUAUCUUCCAGCUCAUGAUACAUACCCUCGACCCACUUGCUGAAGAACUUGGAUCAUAUGGAAAACUAAAAUAUUAUGACACAAUGACUGAAGAAGGGAGGUUCAGAGAAAAGGCCUCAAUUCUCCACAAGAUCGCCAAGAAGAAAUGUCAGGUGGAUGAGAAUGAGAGGCAGAACGGGGCUGCCAAUCAUGUGGAAAAAAUCGAGCUCCCAAAUAGCACCAGCACAGAUGUUGAAAUGACGCCAUCCAGUGAAGCUUCGGAACCUGUACAGAACGGAAAUCUCUCCCACAGCAUUGAGGCUGUGGAAGCCCAGCAGCCCACAGAAUCAGGUGAUGAUGAAGAGGACCAGCCUCUCAGCCUGGCAUGGCCUUCCAACCCUCGCAAGCAAGUCACCUUCCUCAUUGUUCUUCCCAUAGUGCUUCCUCUUUGGAUGACCUUACCCGACGUCCGCAAACCUUCAGCAAGAAAGUUUUUUCCCGUCACGUUCUUUGGAGCCAUCACCUGGAUCGCAAUAUUCUCUUACUUAAUGGUCUGGUGGGCACACCAGGUUGGAGAGACAAUUGGCAUUAGUGAGGAGAUUAUGGGUCUGACCAUCUUGGCUGCUGGGACCUCCAUCCCUGAUCUUAUCACCAGCGUCAUAGUGGCCCGGAAGGGGCUUGGGGACAUGGCUGUAUCCAGCUCUGUUGGAAGCAAUAUUUUUGAUAUCACUGUAGGGCUCCCACUGCCCUGGCUCCUGUACACCAUCAUUCAGAGGUUCCAGCCCGUGGCCGUCAGCAGCAAUGGCCUCUUCUGUGCCAUCGUCCUCCUCUUCAUCAUGCUGCUCUUCGUCAUUCUCUCCAUCGCCCUCUGCAAAUGGCGCAUGAACAAAGUGCUGGGCUUCAUCAUGUUUGGCCUCUACUUCGUGUUCCUUGUGAUCAGCGUCCUCCUGGAAGACAGAAUUCUUGUGUGCCCAGUCUCCAUCUAGCAUGAAAAGCCAUAUCUUGAUGAUCCCUCCUCGCUCUGGGUUCUGGGCUCCUUGACGUCUUGAGAAGAGUCAGCUGGCACACGGCGCCAGGCAUGUGGAGUGUCCCUCCUUGGCAGACGUGAAGAGGGGUGGACUCCCAAUGGACCUGCUCACUUCACAGGUUGCAUCCACCCCAGCCCACUGAAAUGGGUUCACUCAAGAGACAGGGAACUGUCCAUCUGAGAUGUCUCACCACUUACCACUGACAGGUACUCCUUGCUGGUGGGAGGUACAUUCAUUGUAAUGAAGCAAACAAUACAGAGGCUGUGUAUAUACAUAUAAAAUAUACAUAUUAUACAUAGAUGCACAUGAA